AUGCACAAGUCAACUGAUAGUGGCGCUCAAGGCUCUCAAUCCCAGUUCCAGCCCGGUCACCGGGUCCCCGUUCAACACCACGAGAAGCCUGGCUUGCAGAGCGAACUAAGGGGUCCAAAGCCUACAUCAGCGCAACUCCCGACCGAUGACAAUGGAUAUCAAAUCUACAAAGCAGCAGGCAAGCUCGUAGGCAAGAGGGCCGUUAUCACGGGCGGAGAUUCAGGUAUUGGGCGAGCUGUCGCAAUCCUGUUCGCAAUGGAAGGCGCAACAAGCCUGAUCACAUAUUUGCCAGAAGAAGAGUCGGAUGCGCAAGAGACUAGGCGCCGUGUAGAGGAGCUGGGGCAGAAGAUUCAUCUUCUCGCUGUCGAUCUACGGGAUAAGAAGAAUUGCCAAAAGGUGGUCGAUACGGCUCUGCAAACUAUAGGUGGUAUCGAUACACUAGUAAAUAACCAUGGUUACCAAAAUAUGGUCGAGAAUAUUCAAGAUCUGGAUGACGAUCAGUGGAAACGUACAUUCGACACCAACAUUCAUCCCUUCUUCUAUCUCUCGAAAUACGCACUGCCUCACAUGAAGAAUGGCUCAACUAUUACCAACUGCGCCUCGGUCAACGCUUACAUCGGUCGACCAGAUCUUCUCGACUACACGUCCACGAAGGGAGCUAUAGUAGCCUUUACUAGAGGGCUCUCAAAUCAGCAAGUCAAGAACGGCAUCAGAGUGAACUGCGUCUGUCCUGGACCAAUUUGGACACCACUUAUUCCAGCUACUAUGAAUACCUCUGCACAGGAGCAGUUCAGUGGAUCUCCCAUGGGUCGCCCAGGUCAGCCUAGCGAAGUUGCGACGUCCUUCGUAUUCUUGGCUAGUCAGGAUAGCAGCUUUAUCUCCGGACAGUCUUUGCAUCCUAAUGGCGGAGUUGUUGUUAAUGGUUGA